GUUCUGGGGAAGCAGCAGUAUGAGAGGGAAGCUCAGGCUGGGUCCGAGGACUGGCUCAUCGCAGACACUGAACAAUCAGCCUCUUGGCUCUCCUGGGCUCAAGGGGCCACUGGACUCUAAGCAGCAGGUGCAGGUGAAGAGGCUGUGAUUCAAGAAGAGUAGAGACAGUGGUAGAGGAGAGAAGAAAAAGAUUGUUGCAGAAAGAGAAGCAGGAAGGAAGGGAGGAAGGGAAAGGGAGAGAGAGAGGGACAUCGGAGUGGCAGACUCAGAGAAACUCCUGGAGAGAAAGACUGUUUAACAAGGAAAGAGAGGGAAUGAGGUAGAGGAGACCCUAAGACGGAGAGCAGAGGAGGGAUGAAACAGAAAUAAAGAACAGAGAGAAGGGGAGAGAGAGGGAGAAGGGUAAAAAGAGGAAGGAGAAAGGGGUGGAGAAGGAGGAGAAAGAAGGAGACAGAGACAGAAUAAAGUACCUACAGGCAGAUUGAGGCAGAUGCAGGUGGCAGACAAUGGACAUUGUGGCAGCCAUGGUCAGAGGCACUGAAAUGGCCCUGAGGACCCACAUUGGGACGCCCCUGCUGUUCAUGGGGAUGCUAAUCACAGGCCUGACCCAGUUGCCAAUCUCUGCCUCAGUCCCUCGAGGCUUCUGGGCCCUACCUGAAAACCUGACAGCCGUUGAGGGGGCCACAGUGGAGUUGAAGUGUGGUGUCAGUGCACCUGGCAGUGUGGUACAGUGGGCCAAGGAUGGCCUGCUGUUGGGCCCCAACCAGGGGAUCCCAGGUUUCCCGAGAUACCGCAUGGAAGGAGACCCUGCUAGAGGUGAAUUCCACCUGCGCAUUGAAGCAUGUGACCUCAGCGACGAUGCAGAGUACGAGUGCCAGGUUGGCCGCUCAGAGACAGGCCCUGAACUCGUGUCUCCCAGAGUGAUCCUCUCCAUCCUGGUUCCCCCCAAGGUGCUUCAGAUGACUCCUGAGGUGGGGACCACAGUCACCUGGAUAGCUGGGCAGGAAUAUACGGUCAGCUGUGUAUCUGGGGAUGCGAAGCCAGCACCUGACAUCACCUUCCUCCAGAGUGGACAAACAGUAUCCAGCAUCUCUAUCGACGUGAGUGAAGGGUCCCAGGAGAAACUCUUCAUCACAGAGGCCACAGCCCGGGUGACACCCCAGAGCUUGGAUAAUGGGAAGUUACUAGUCUGUGAGGGGUCCAGCCCAGCUUUGGUCAGCCCCAUCAAGGUCUCAAUCACCAUGAAUGUUUUGUUCCCCCCAGGACCUCCCAUCAUUGAGUGGCCAGACCUGAAUGAGGGGCUUGUUAGGGCAGGGCAAAACUUGGAGCUGCCAUGCACAGCCCGAGGGGGAAACCCACCAGCUACACUGCAGUGGCUGAAGGCCUGUUCCUGUUUCCAGAAUGGCCAGCCUGUGCCCACAGCAUGGGGUACAGAGCAUGUCCAUGCUACUGCUCGAAGUGUACUCACAAUGACUGUUCGACCAGAAGACCAUGGAGCCCAAAUCAGCUGUGAAGCCUACAACAGUGUAUCUACAGAGACCCAGAAACAAAGCAUCACACUGCAGGUCACCUUUCCUCCCAGUGCCAUAACCAUCUUGGGAUCUGUAACACAGUCUGAGAACAAGAAUGUGACACUUUGCUGCCUCACAAAGUCCAGUCGCCCGAGGGUCCUGUUGCGAUGGUGGCUGGGUGGGCGGCAACUGCAGCCCACAGAGGAGACAAUCAUGGAUGGCCUGCAUGGUGGUCACAUCUCCAUGUCUAACCUGACCUUGCUGGUGCGCCGGGAAGACAAUGGCCUGAGCCUCACCUGUGAGGCCUUCAGUGAUGCCUUUGCCAAGGAGACCUUCAGGAAGUCUCUCAUCUUGAAUGUGAAAUAUCCUGCUCAGAAGCUGUGGAUUGAGGGACCCCAAGAUGGGCAGCACCUCCGGAGUGGGACCCGGGUGAGGCUGGUGUGUUUGGCCAUUGGGGGCAACCCAGACCCCUCCCUCACUUGGUACAAGGACGCGCGCAUCGUGACGGAGCCGCGGCCGCCCCAGGAGCCGCGGCGGGUGCAGCUGGGAAAUCUGGAGAAGUCCGGGAGCACCUUCUCCCGCGAGCUGGUGCUGGUCCUGGGCCCACCGGACAACAAGGCCAAGUUCUCGUGCAAGGCGGGCCAGCUGAGCGCGUCCACGCAGAUCGUGGUGCUGUUUCCCCCAACUAACGUGACGAUCCUGGCCAACGCGUCGGCGCUGCGUCCGGGGGACGCCUUAAAUUUAACGUGCGUCAGCGUGAGCAGCAACCCGCCGGUCAACUUGUCCUGGGACAAGGAAGGCGAGAGCUUGCAAGACGUGGCUGCGCCGUCCCAGAGCGCCCCGUUCAAAGGCUCCGCAGCGUCCAGGAGCGUUUUUCUUCGGGUGUCAUCCCGCGAUCACGGCCACCGCGUGACCUGCCGAGCCUACAGCGCGGAGCUCCGCGAAACCGUGAGCUCCUUCUACCGCUUCAACGUGCUAUACCCUCCGCAGUUCCUGGGGGAACAAGUGCUGGUGGUGACUGCGGUGGAGCAGGGUGAGGCACUGCUGCCUGUGUCGGUGUCUGCUAACCCCGUACCCGACGCCUUCAACUGGACCUUCCGUGGCUAUCGCCUCAGCCCAGCUGGUGGUCCCCGGCAUCGCAUUCUGUCUAACGGGGCUUUGCAGCUGUGGAAUGUGACUCGCUCGGACGAUGGCCCCUAUCAGCUGCACUGCCAGAAUUCGGAGGGCACCGCAGAAGCGCUGGUGCGGCUGAAUGUGCACUAUGCUCCUACCAUCCGUGCCCUCCAGGACCCUACCGAAGUGGAUGUUGGGGGUUCUGUGGACAUAGUUUGCACUGCUGACGCCAAUCCCAUCCUUCCAAACAUGUUCAGCUGGGAGAGGCUGGAGGAAGAUGAGGAGGAACAGAGCCUGGAUGACAUGAAGAGGAUGUCAAAGGGGUCCACAGGGCGUCUGCAAAUUCGCCAUGCCAAACUGUCCCAGGCAGGUGCUUACCAGUGCAUUGUGGACAAUGGAGUGGCACCUGCAGCCCGAGGCCUCGUCCGUCUUGUUGUCAGAUUUGCCCCCCAAGUGGAGCAUCCUACUCCCCUAACCAAAGUGGCUGCAGCUGGGGACAGCACCAGUUCUGCCACCCUCCACUGCCGUGCCCGUGGUGUUCCCAACAUUGUUUUCACUUGGACCAAAAAUGGAAUCCCUCUGGAUCUCCAAGAUCCCAGGUACACUGAACACACAUACCACCAAGGUGGAGUCCAUAGCAGUCUCCUGACCAUUGCCAAUGUGUCUGCAGCCCAGGAUUAUGCCCUCUUCACUUGCACAGCCACCAACCCCCUUGGCUCGGACCACACCAACAUUCAGCUCGUCAGCAUUAGCCGCCCUGACCCACCACUGGGAUUGAAGGUGGUGAGCCUGACUCCCCGCUCAGUGGGGCUGGAGUGGAGGCCUGGUUUUGACGGGGGAUUGCCGCAGAGGUUCCGAAUCAGGUAUGAGGCGCUGGAGACUCCAGGGUUUCUCUACGUGGACGUCCUACCACCUCAGGCCACCAGUUUCACGCUGACUGGGCUGCAGCCUUCCACACGAUACAGGGUCUGGCUGCUGGCCAGCAAUGCAAUGGGGGACAGUGGAUUAGGUGCAAAGGGAAUCCAGCUCUCCAUCACUACCCCAGGCCUGGACCAGCCUUCUGGAGAGCCUUAUGACCAGCUGCCUACAGAGCAGCCUACAGAAUCCCCCAGACUGCCUCUGCUGCCUGUGGUGUUUGCAGUUGGGAGUCUUUUGCUGCUUUCCAAUGUCUCAUGUGUGGUGGGGCUCCUCUGGUGGCGAAGACUGAGACAUCGCACUGAGGGUAUCUCAGAGAAGACAGAGGCAGGGUCGGAGGAGGACAGAGUCAGGAAUGAAUAUGAGGAGAGCCAGUGGACUGGGGACCAGGACACUCGAAGCUCUACAGUUAGCACAAUAGAAGUGCAGUCACAUUACCACUCCUUGAGGGACUUCAGCCCCCAGCUGCCCCCCACACUGGAGGAAGUGGCUUAUGCCCAAGGUCUUGAAGAGGAGAACAUGGCCUUCCCUGGACACCUGUAUGAUGAGGUGGAGAGGAUGUAUGCCCCACCAGGGGUCUGGGGGCCCUUGUAUGAUGAGGUGCAGAUGGGCCCCUAUGACCUCCGCUGGCCUAUGGACAAGUAUGACGAUCCAGGAAGAAUCUAUGACCAGGUGGCAGGAGAUCUGGGCACGAUGGGAUCAGAUUCUCUUCCCUUUGAGCUAAGGGGUGAUCUUGUGUGACAGCCUUCUCAGCAGUCCUCUCCUGCAUCUACAGGACAUAAUUCUCUACUGGACCUUUUCAUCCCAGCCUAAGCCUGUUAAGUGAGCUUCAUAGGACACAAAAGGAUAGAUUUUUUCUGAAGAGGCCAAAUGAAGUUUGUGUAAGUGAUAGAAGAUGAUUUAACCUAAUGUCAGAGUAUAAGCAAGUUUCCUCCUGGGGUUGGCCUCUCCAAAGUGACAGGGUUACUUGCAAAUGCCAUCUCAAUGACAAAAAACAGAACCAGAUAUUGUGGCACGUACCUGUAAUCCCAGCACUCUGGAAGGCUGAGACAGGAAGAUACCAGCCAGAACAACUUGGUGACUUAGAGAGAGAACCUAUCUAAAAAAAGAGGGGGACUGAGGGUAUAGCUCAGUGUGAAGGCCCUGAGUUCAAACCCCAGUACCACAAUAGAACAAAAAACAAAAACAAAACUAAGUUCAUUUAGAGUUUGAUUACAUUUGAAAUAGCUAAUGGUUAUAUCCUGCCUAUUUUUAUUUCAUUAUUUUUAUAGUAUCAAAAACAUGCUAUAUAAACUCUGACACAUGUGCAAACAUAAAUAAACUCUAUUGAGAGAAGGUAAAUGCAAAAAGAAUACAUGCUCUAUGAUUUCAUUUAUAGGCAGAACUAAUUUAUCAUACUCAUGUUACACAAGAGAAUGCAUUGUUCUUGGGAAGUAUGCACUAUUAUAUAUUUAAGGUUAGAGGAUAUUGUGGCUUCACUUAUUCUCACACAGCUGAGAAAAUAUGUACAGUUAUAAGGGAAUAGAAAAGAAUAAUUUAAAUGCAGUAAAAUGUUAGCAUCUGGGAAUGUGGGUGAAAUGUACAUUGGAAUUCUUUGUAUUAUUACUGGAACUGUUCUGUAGAUCUGAAAUUAUAGAAAAAUUAAAAUUUAAAAGUUAUCAUAA